AGCUGGUCACACAUAUGAGAUUUAUAAUAGAAUAGCAACACGUUUUGUUUUUUAACCUGGUUGUGCAAAAACAGUUUAUAAUUCGAUUUAGCAUUAUAAAUUCCCGUAUCUCGACCGAAGAUGCCACCGAAAAAGGCGCCGGCUCCCAGCAAGAAGACGGAGCAAAAGAAGAAGGAGAAGGUUAUUGAGGACAAGACCUUCGGACUAAAGAACAAGAAGGGCAACAAGCAGCAGAAGUUCAUCCAGCAGGUCCAGAAGCAGGUACAGGCCGGCGGUCAUCAUCCCAGGCAGGAUGGCGAUAAGCGGAAGGAGGAGAAAGACAAGAAGCUGGCUGAUCAGCGCGAGAUGGCCAUGAUCUUCAAGCCGGUCCAGACGCAGAAGGUGGAGAAGGGCACCGAUCCCAAGUCAGUGGUCUGCGCCUUCUUCAAGCAGGGCAUCUGUACCAAGGGUGACAAGUGUAAGUUCUCCCACGACCUCUCCCAAGAGAACAAGGUCGAGAAGCGGUCCAUCUACGUGGAUAUGCGUGACGGCGAGGAUGACACGAUGACCAACUGGGACGAUGCCAAGCUCAAGGAAGUGGUGGACAAGAAGCACUCCGGCGAAAAGCGACGCCCUACCACUGAUAUUAUUUGCAAGUACUUCCUGGAGGCCGUUGAAAAGUCCAAGUACGGCUGGUUCUGGGAGUGCCCCAAUGGCGAGAAGUGCAUCUACCGGCACGCCCUGCCGGCUGGUUAUGUUCUGAAGCGCGACAAAAAGAAGGAGGACAAGCCCUCGGAAAUUUCCCUGGUCGAUCUCAUCGAAAAGGAACGCGCGGCUCUCGGUCCCAACCAGACGCGCGUUACUCUCGAGUCGUUCUUGGCCUGGAAGAAGCGGAAGCUAUCGGAGAAGAAGGCCAAGUUGGCCGCCGAGGAGGAACGCAAGAAGAGCGACUUCAGCAAGGGCAAACAGUUCGGCAUCUCGGGUCGUGAGAUGUUCAGCUUCAACCCCGACCUGGUCGACGACGGACCCAUGGAGGAGGGUGACGCCGCCUUCGAUAUCUACAACCGUGAGGAUGAUGACGACGACAAUGCUAUUGAAUUUAAGGAGCUCGAUCUGGCUGCCCUGUCGCUGGCCGCUCAAGAGGUGGAUGGAUCUGGAACCAUCGCCUCCAGCACCCGGUUACUCGACCAGGCCACGGAAGCAGCCAAAACUGCCGCGGCAGAGGAAGCUGCGGCCACCGAGGACGAUGGCCCCUCGUCAUCUGCACCUGCCAACGAUGCUGCCCCCAUUAACAAGGACCUAUUUGUCGACUUGGCCGACGAACUGGAUGACUUGGAUCUGGACGACGAGGACGAUGAUUAGGAGGGCACCUGGGUAGAUCGAUUCGAAACGAGUUCAUAAAAUGAUUUCUGCCUUCAGCUACCCUUCGAUCAAUAAAGUUGUGGCUUUCAAACGUUGCAUUUCUGGAAAAGA